AUAGGAAACCAAAAGUGCAGAACGAGAGUUGAAGCACUUUGAAGCAUUACUUUUGCUCUUCUCUCUCUGCCCCAUUCUCACUCUCAAAAGAACAGUUUUAUUAUGGAUGAGACAAAACAACAACUGGAACUGACGCAAGAACAGAUAAUGGAGUUUAAAGAGGCCUUUUGUCUGUUCGACAAAGAUGGAGAUGGUUGCAUCACUGCUGAUGAACUUGCUACUGUGAUCCGCUCGUUGGAUCAGAAUCCAACCGAACAAGAGCUUCAAGACAUGAUCAAUGAGAUCGACUCCGAUGGUAACGGCACCAUCGAAUUCUCUGAGUUCCUCAACCUCAUGGGCAGCAAAAUCCAGGAAACUGAUGCAGAUGAGGAGCUGAAAGAAGCAUUCAAAGUGUUUGACAAAGACCAAAAUGGUUACAUCUCUGCUAGUGAGUUGAGGCACGUGAUGAUCAAUCUUGGGGAGAAGCUCACGGAUUAGGAGGUUGAUCAAAUGAUUAAGGAGGCAGAUUUGGAUGGUGAUGGUCAAGUCAAUUAUGAUGAAUUUGUGAGGAUGAUGAUGACCAGCGGUUAAAUGAUAAUCAAUUUUAUACCAAAUAAUGUAUUAUCGUUUAUAAAUCUUUUGAUCCUUUUCUCUUCUUCAGAAUAUCAUAGUGUACUUUCCAAUUAUAUUAGCUUUAGCAUAUUCAUUGGAAGUAAUACUCAUUUUUAUUUAUUUGGAUUCCUAAUAUA